UGCUUCGCGACGGUUGCUGAUCUUCCAGUGCUCCCAAAUAAAUAUAAAAUAAGAAAAAAAACCGAAAAGUAUCUCCUCCUCACAAGCCUCUGUAGUAUCUCCAUCUCUAUCUGUCCCUCUAUCUGUGGCUGCAUCUGUAACUCUCUCCCGUGAGAGUCUUGCGAGUGUGCGCUAGUGUGCGAGUGCUAAGCUUUUUGCUGUCGCCUGUCUGUGAGGGUAUUGGUGCUUCGGCCUGAACUAUGGUUCGCGUGUGAUCGUGUGCGUCCAACACUCGUACGUAUCGUAAUUUAAAAAUAAGUAUUUCGACAUUCCGCCGUGGAAACGAUGUGACAUACCAGUCCAGAUACCCACCACAACCACAACGAAGCAACGAAACAACAAAACAAAACGAUCUAUACCGCGAAAUAUUAUUAUUAACCCCUUCCAGGGCCAAGAGCAGCGAAAAUUGUGAUUAACAAACGAACCCCGACCCCAAAUUAGACCCAAAAACCAACCAGGUGCAACACCAGUCUCUCACUCUCUCAGUCAGCGAUUACCUCAUCUGUGUCAAAAUGGUAUCAAAAAGCAGUAAAAAGAAACAAGUGUCGCAGCAGCAGCAGCAGCAACAGCAGCAGCAGCCGCCAGCCACAUCGACCACAACCACAUCGUCGUCGGCCUCGGCCACGAAGCUCACCAAGCAACUGGGACCCGACGCCACAGCGACCCUCACCACCAAGAGCAGCUCCACCUCAAUGGAGCACGAGUCCGUGUCGUAUGGAGAGCCACUGGCAAGCACCUCAUCCGCCACUCCUUUAAUCUCCACUCCUGGGCCAGUGGCCAGCACUUCAUCCUUGAGUCCCAUGCCAGCGGCUGGUGUCAGGAGCUACAGCAGCAGCAAGAGCAAGGCAGCCAUGUCCAGCUCGCAAUCCUCAUACACAGAGCAAUCUCAGUCCAAGUUGCAGUCCAAAUCCCAGUCGCAGUCGGAGCAGUAUAGCAGCAGCAGCAGCAGCACCGCCAAGAUCUCCAGGGAUUACUCCGACGAGAAGAUCAUUGCCUCGAUCGAUCUGCUGGAGAGUGAGAAGAAGGAGCCAGUGUUCUCCGUUCCCAUCGAGGUGGUGGAGAUCACAACGCCCACGCUUCCCAUGUCGGCCAGCGGCGGCAGCCUCUCCAAGAUGUACACGUCCUCGUCCAUGUCUUCCAGCCAGCAGCAGCAGCAGGCGAGCAGCAGCUCCACAUACUUCGCCUCCACAACCAGUUCCAGCUCCAUUCGGAGCGCCAAUGAAACGCUCAUUUCAAGCGAGAGAGCCGACGCAGCGGCUACCGGUAUGACAUCAUCCGGCGCGAGGAAACAGGUUGGCUUUGACACGAGCAGUAGCACCAACACCAAUACCAAUACGAAUACCAACAUCAAAAGCAGCAGCAGCAGCAGCAACAGCAACAGUAAAAGCUUCAGCGAAUCUCAGAGCGUGCCAAAGCUGCCACCGGCCAGCGGAACAGCUGAUGGGCCCGACACAUCGGUGACGUCGUCAAGUGGCCCCGAACCGGUUGCCGCGCCGUCUACCGCGACCACAACAAAGGCGACGUCAUCCCUCUCGCAGAACGAUAAACUGGAACUAUUGUCGGGAACCGCUGCCACAACAGCUGUGGACCACAACAGAGCCACGUCAUCGACGUCCAACAAAGAGGUCAGCGAGAGCACCACACGGAGCAGCUCGAGCAGCACAAAGCAGUCCAGUUUGUCGUCCAAGAAAGAAGUGUAUGACGUGAAGACCAAAACCUGGACGGAGCUCAGCGAUGGCACCACCACCCUGCCUGGUGGCAGCACAAGCAAGCCCACCUUCGAGCGGUACGUCAGCAAGGAGUCGGACGGGAGCAGCAAGGUGACAUACAAGAAGAAGAUAUACGACAGGCGCAACAAUAGGUGGCGCGUAGUGGACGAACGGACUGUGGACAGCACCAAUGACCGGGGCUAUCCCGAAAUAGUCGAUGAUGUCAUCAACACAACCACCACAACAUACACCACCAAGGUGUAUGACACGAAGCUCGGCAAGUGGACGGUCGUCGACGAGAAGUCGUACAGAGAUAGCAAAGCUUUCGUGCCCAAUGACAUUGCUCGUGAAAUCGAGAGAGAUAAUACCGAUGUGGCAAACAUAACAACUACCACGGAGGUAACAAAGAUAUUCGAUGCGAGCAUCAACGAUUGGCGUGUUCUGGACGAAAAGGUGCACACGGAUGUCAUUGAGAAGAUUGUAGAGACGCCCAAGAAGACCAUCUAUGUGGAUGAGUUUGUGGAGAUUGAGAAGAACACCUCGAUUUCGGAGAACAAUGAGAAUAUAACCCUGAAUCUGAACGAAACAUCGAAACACAAAAAUAUUACCGAGAAUAUUUAUGAUGAAAUCGAUUAUGUGCGCACCGAUAAGAAACGCUUAGACGAUUCAAGAAACCGUGGAGUCGUCAAGAACAAAAAUACCACGCAUAGCGAGCGGUGCAUCUGUGAGAUCUGCACAUGCGGACGACAUCACUGCUCAACCAGCACAACGAAAUCCACAGAAAAUACAAUCAUUGAAACCGAUGACACCCUCGAUGAAGCAUACACAAGAGUACGUACAAAUACCUGGUCGAAGAGAGACAAUGGAAACAUUCCCAAGCCAAACGAAGACAUAUUAGUGGACUACGUAGUGAUAAAGAAGCCAGAAGACAACCUAAAACCUGAAGGAGACUUCGUAGUGCCUCAAAAAGAGCCAUACAAGCCCGGCGAGAGGCGUGAGAAAAUUGUGCACACAGACAAUUUGCGGACAGAGGGAGAAAUGACAUUCAACGAGAGGGAGGAGUAUCAAUACACUGUCCGUCCUGGAUAUGUGAAGCCUACGGACAACCUGAAGCCCGAGGGCGAGUUCUACAGCCCAGAGAAGCCAAAAUAUCAGCCUGGGGACCGCCCAACACAAGUACGACACACGGAUAACUUGCGACCCGAAGGCGAGUUCUAUACGCCCGACAAGCCAGGCUAUACACCAGCCGAUCGACCCACCCAAAAGAAGCCCUUGGAUAACCUUAAGCCGGAAGGAGAAUUCUUUGCGCCGGAAAAACCCUCCUAUCGGCCAGGAGAAAGACCACAGAAAAUUAUCCGCAGUGACAACUUGCGCACUGAAGGAGAAAUGACCUUUGUGGAAAAGGAGGAGUACCAAUUUGUGGUUCGACCAGGCCAAGUAAAGCCCACUGAUAACCUCAAGCCAGAGGGAGAAUUCUACAGUCCGGAGAAACAAGGCUUCAGACCCGCUGAGAGACCUGUCCAGAAAAAGCCGGAAGAUAACUUAAAGCCCGAGGGAGACUUCUACAGUCCCGAAAAGCAGAAGUAUACGCCUGGAGAACGCCCUACCCAAGUCAGACCUGAAGACAAUCUCCGACCAGAGGGAGAAUUCUACAGUCCGGAGAAACCCAAAUACAGACCAGGCGAUCGUCCAACUCAAAUAAGGCAUGAAGACAAUCUGAAGCCCGAAGGGGACUUCUACACUCCAGAAAAACAAGGAUACCAGCCCAGUGAACGUCCAUCCCAAGUACGACCCGAAGACAAUCUCCGACCUGAGGGAGAGUUCUACACUCCGGAGAAGCCAGGAUUCAGACCCGCUGAGAGACCAGUCCAGAAGAAACCGGAAGACAACCUGAAGCCCGAGGGAGACUUCUACAGUCCCGAAAAGCAGAAGUAUACGCCUGGAGAACGCCCUACCCAAGUCAGACCUGAAGACAAUCUCCGACCCGAGGGAGAGUUCUACGCUCCGGAUAAGCCAGGAUUUAGACCAGCUGAGAGACCAGUCCAAAAGAAGCCGGAAGACAACCUGAAGCCAGAGGGAGACUUCUACAGUCCCGAAAAGCAGAAGUACACACCAGGAGAGCGUCCAUCCCAAGUUAGACCUGAAGACAAUCUCCGACCUGAGGGAGAGUUCUACACUCCAGAGAAGCCAGGAUUCAGACCCGCUGAGAGACCAGUUCAGAAGAAACCUGUGGAUAACCUGAAACCCGAGGGAGAGUUCACAAAGCCUGAGAAACAGGUUUACAAACCUGCGGAUAAGAAUGAAAGGAUCAUUCGUAAGGACAACCUACGUAGCGAAGGUGAAAUGACGUUCGUCGAAAAACAGGAGUAUCAAUACGUGGUUCGUCCUGAUCAAGUAAGACCGACGGAUAACCUGAAGCCAGAGGGAGACUUCUACAGUCCCGAAAAGCAGAAGGAGAGUUCUACGCUCCGGAUAAGCCAGGUUGCCACUGAGCCAGUCCAAAAGAAGCCGGAAGACAACCUGAAGCCAGAGGGAGACUUCUACAGUCCCGAAAAGCAGAAGUACACACCAGGAGAGCGUCCAUCCCAAGUUAGACCUGAAGACAAUCUCCGACCUGAGGGAGAGUUCUACACUCCAGAGAAGCCAGGAUUCAGACCCGCUGAGAGGCCAGUUCAGAAGAAACCUGUGGAUAACCUGAAACCCGAGGGAGAGUUCACAAAGCCUGAGAAACAGGUUUACAAACCUGCGGAUAAGAAUGAAAGGAUCAUUCGUAAGGACAACCUACGUAGCGAAGGUGAAAUGACGUUCGUCGAAAAACAGGAGUAUCAAUACGUGGUUCGUCCUGAUCAAGUAAGACCGACGGAUAACCUGAAGCCAGAGGGAGACUUCUACAGUCCCGAAAAGCAGAAGUAUACGCCUGGAGAACGCCCUACCCAAGUCAGACCUGAAGACAAUCUCCGACCCGAGGGAGAGUUCUACGCUCCGGAUAAGCCAGGAUUUAGACCAGCUGAGAGACCAGUCCAAAAGAAGCCGGAAGACAACCUGAAGCCAGAGGGAGACUUCUACAGUCCCGAAAAGCAGAAGUACACACCAGGAGAGCGUCCAUCCCAAGUUAGACCUGAAGACAAUCUACGACCUGAGGGAGAGUUCUACACUCCGGAGAAGCCAGGAUUCAGACCCGCUGAGAGACCAGUUCAGAAGAAACCCGUGGAUAACCUGAAACCGGGAGAGUUCACAAAGCCUGAGAAACAGGUUUACAAACCUGCGGAUAAGAAUGAAAGGAUCAUUCGUAAGGACAACCUACGUAGCGAAGGUGAAAUGACGUUCGUCGAGAAACAGGAGUAUCAAUACGUGGUGCGUCCUGAUCAAGUAAGACCGACGGAUAACCUGAAGCCAGAGGGAGACUUCUACAGUCCCGAAAAGCAGAAGUAUACGCCUGGAGAACGCCCUACCCAAGUCAGACCUGAAGACAAUCUCCGACCUGAGGGAGAGUUCUACAGUCCAGAGAAACCCAAGUACAGGCCAGGAGAGCGUCCAUCUCAAGUCAGACCUGAAGACAAUCUCCGACCCGAGGGAGAGUUCUACGCUCCGGAGAAGCCAGGAUUCAGACCCGCUGAGAGACCAGUCCAAAAGAAGCCGGAAGACAACCUGAAGCCCGAGGGAAACUUCUACACUCCGGAGAAGCCAGGAUUCAGACCCGCUGAGAGACCAGUUCAGAAGAAACCCGUGGAUAACCUGAAACCCGAGGGAGAGUUCACAAAGCCUGAGAAACAGGUUUACAAACCUGCGGAUAAGAAUGAAAGGAUCAUUCGUAAGGACAACCUACGUAGCGAAGGUGAAAUGGUUCGUCGGAAAAGCCAGGAGUAUCAAUCCGUGGUGCGUCCUGAUCAAGUAAGAAGGACGGAUAACCUGAAGCCAGAGGGAGACUUCUACAGUCCCGAAAAGCAGAAGUAUACGCCUGGAGAACGCCCUACCCAAGUCAGACCUGAAGACAAUCUCCGACCCGAGGGAGAGUUCUACAGUCCUGAGAAACCCAAGUACAGGCCAGGAGAGCGACCAUCUCAAGUCAGACCUGAAGACAAUCUCCGACCCGAAGGGGAGUUCUACGCUCCGGAGAAGCCAGGAUUCAGACCCGCUGAGAGACCAGUCCAGAAGAAGCCGGAAGACAACCUGAAGCCAGAGGGAGACUUCUACAGUCCCGAAAAGCAGAAGUACACACCAGGAGAGCGUCCAUCCCAAGUUAGACCUGAAGACAAUCUCCGACCUGAGGGAGAGUUCUACACUCCGGAGAAGCCAGGAUUCAGACCCGCUGAGAGACCAGUUCAGAAGAAACCCGUGGAUAACCUGAAACCCGAGGGAGAGUUCACAAAGCCUGAGAAACAGGUUUACAAACCUGCGGAUAAGAAUGAAAGGAUCAUUCGUAAGGACAACCUACGUAGCGAAGGUGAAAUGACGUUCGUCGAGAAACAGGAGUAUCAAUACGUGGUGCGUCCUGAUCAAGUAAGACCGACGGAUAACCUGAAGCCAGAGGGAGACUUCUACAAGUUCUACAGUCCUGAGAAACCCAAGUACAGGCCAGGAGAGCGACCAUCUCAAGUCAGACCUGAAGACAAUCUCCGACCCGAAGGGGAGUUCUACGCUCCGGAGAAGCCAGGAUUCAGACCCGCUGAGAGACCAGUCCAGAAGAAGCCGCAAGACAACCUGAAGCCCGAGGGAAACUUCUACAGUCCCGAAAAGCAGAAGUAUACGCCUGGAGAACGCCCUACCCAAGUCAGACCUGAAGACAAUCUCCGACCUGAGGGAGAGUUCUACACUCCGGAGAAGCCAGGAUUCAGACCCGCUGAGAGACCAGUUCAAACGAAACCCGUGGAUAACCUGAAACCCGAGGGAGAGUUCACAAAGCCUGAGAAACAGGUUUACAAACCUGCGGAUAAGAAUGAAAGGAUCAUUCGUAAGGACAACCUACGUAGCGAAGGUGAAAUGACGUUCGUCGAGAAACAGGAGUAUCAAUACGUGGUGCGUCCUGAUCAAGUAAGACCGACGGAUAACCUGAAGCCAGAGGGAGACUUCUACAGUCCCGAAAAGCAGAAGUAUACGCCUGGAGAACGCCCUACCCAAGUCAGACCUGAAGACAAUCUCCGACCCGAGGGAGAGUUCUACAGUCUGCCCGUGGCGGGGCCAGUAGCUGAGCCUCCCCGGGGGCCCGGAGCCUUGCCCGCUGAGAGCCAGUCAGGACCGCAGACAACCUGGCCGGAACUCUCGUCCGAAAAGCAGAGACACACCGGGGUCCCAAGUAGACCUGAAGACAAUCUCCGACCUGAGGGAGAGUUCUACGCUCCGGAGAAGCCAGGAUUCAGACCCGCUGAGAGACCAGUUCAAAAGAAACCCGUGGAUAACCUGAAACCCGAGGGAGAGUUCACAAAGCCUGAGAAACAGGUUUACAAACCUGCGGAUAAGAAUGAAAGGAUCAUUCGUAAGGACAACCUACGUAGCGAAGGUGAAAUGACAUUCGUCGAGAAACAGGAGUAUCAAUACGUGGUGCGUCCUGAUCAAGUAAGACCGACGGAUAACCUGAAGCCAGAGGGAGACUUCUACAGUCCCGAAAAGCAGAGGUAUACGCCUGGAGAACGCCCUACCCAAGUCCGACCUGAAGACAAUCUCCGACCCGAGGGAGAGUUCUACAGUCCUGAGAAACCCAAGUACCGGCCAGGAGAGCGUCCAUCUCAAGUCAGACCUGAAGACAAUCUCCGACCUGAGGGAGAGUUCUACACUCCCGAGAAGCCAGGAUUCAGACCCGCUGAGAGACCAGUUCAGAAGAAACCCGUGGAUAACCUGAAACCCGAGGGGGAGUUCACAAAGCCUGAGAAACAGGUUUACAAACCUGCGGAUAAGAAUGAAAGGAUCAUUCGUAAGGACAACCUACGUAGCGAAGGUGAAAUGACGUUCGUCGAGAAACAGGAGUAUCAAUACGUGGUGCGUCCUGAUCAAGUAAGACCGACGGAUAACCUGAAGCCAGAGGGAGACUUCUACAGUCCCGAAAAGCAGAGGUAUACGCCUGGAGAGCGCCCUACCCAAGUCAGACCUGAAGACAAUCUCCGACCCGAGGGGGAGUUCUACGCUCCGGAAAAGCCAGGAUUCAGACCCGCUGAGAGACCAGUCCAGAAGAAGCCGCAAGACAACCUGAAGCCCGAGGGAGACUUCUACAGUCCCGAAAAGCAGAAGUAUACGCCAGGAGAGCGUCCAUCCCAAGUCAGACCUGAAGACAAUCUCCGACCUGAGGGAGAGUUCUACUCUCCGGAGAAGCCAGGAUUCAGACCCGCUGAGAGACCAGUUCAGAAGAAACCCGUGGACAACCUGAAACCCGAGGGAGAGUUCACAAAGCCUGAGAAACAGGUUUACAAACCUGCGGAUAAGAAUGAAAGGAUCAUUCGUAAGGACAACCUACGUAGCGAAGGUGAAAUGACGUUCGUCGAGAAACAGGAGUAUCAAUACGUGGUGCGUCCUGAUCAAGUAAGACCGACGGAUAAUUUGAAGCCAGAGGGAGACUUCUACAGUCCCGAAAAGCAGAGGUAUACGCCUGGAGAACGCCCUACCCAGGUCAGACCUGAAGACAAUCUCCGACCCGAGGGAGAGUUCUACGCUCCGGAGAAGCCAGGAUUCAGACCCGCUGAGAGACCAGUCCAGAAGAAGCCGGAAGAUAACUUAAAGCCAGAGGGAGAAUUUUACAGUCCGGAAAAACAAAAGUACAGGGCAGGAGAGCGUCCAUCUCAAGUCAGACCUGAAGAUAAUCUCCGACCUGAGGGAGAGUUCUACACUCCGGAGAAGCCAGGAUUCAGACCCGCUGAGAGACCAUCUCAAGUCAGACCGAAGAUAAUCCCGCUAGGACAACCUGAGAAGCCGCCCCCUGCCCAACCCGAGGGUGAAUUCACGAAGCCUGAGAAACAGGUUUACAAGCCAGGCGACAGAACGGAAAAGAUAAUCCAGAAAGACAACUUGCGAACGGAGGGUGAAAUGAGUUUCGUUGAGAAGAAGGAAUAUCAAUAUGUCGUACGACCUGAGCAAGUAAGACCUUUGGAUAACUUGAAGCCGGAAGGAGAGUUCUUUAGUCCCGACAAACCGAAAUACCAACCAGGCGAGCGAGCUACCGUUGUGCGGCAGAAGGAUAACUUAAAGGUGGAGGGAGAGUUUUACUCGCCAGACAAACCAGAUUUCCAACCAGCCGAAAGGCUCAAGCAAAAGAAGCCUCAAGAUAAUUUGCGGCCAGAGGGAGAGAUGGUUAUGCCAGAAAAGGUGAAAUACAAGCCCGCCGAUAAGGUUACAAGAGUGGUUCACAAGGAUAAUCUCCGCUCCGAGGGAGAAAUGACUUUCACUGAGAAAACUGAAUACCAGCAAGUGGUUAGACCCUCCCCGGUUAGGCCGGAGGACAAUCUGAAGACCACGGGUAAGUUCUACGUACCAGAAAAGCCAGCAGUUACAAACGGGGAGCGACCCGAGGCGGUCAGACCCAAGGAUAACCUGAAGCCAGAAGGUGUUAUGUACACCCCUGAAAAGCCGAAAUACGAGCCUGCCUCCAGACCAGAGCAGAAGAGGUAUGUGGACAACCUGAAACCCGAGGGCAAGAUGCACAUGCCGGAAAAGGAAUCGUUCAGACCGGCGGAUAAGGUGACGACAGUCAUCAGGAAGGAUAACCUGAAGAGCGAAGGGGAAAUGACCUUCACACAGAAGGACGUGUAUCACCAUGUGAAGCGGCCCGAACAGGUGAAGCCAGUCGACAACCUGAAGGUCGAAGGAGAGUUCUUCACACCCGAUAAGAAACCCUUCCGUCCGGCCGAGCGGCCCGUCCAAAAGAAGCCAAAGGACAACCUAAAGCCGGAGGGAGAGUUCUACAAGAGAAGCGACAGGACGGUGACCGAUAGCACAACGGUAGAAACCACAAAACGAGAGACGCCCAAGCGACCGGUGGAUAACCUCAAGCUGGAAGGUUCCAUGACAGUGACCCGAAGGGAUGACUAUAAUCAAAAGGAGACCAACAAGACCACGGUAGAGAAGGUUCAGCGUACACAGAAGUACCAGCAUAACAGCUCCUCCAUCAGCCUGGGAACCGACACCGCCAUUCGCAAGACCACCAACCAGAUGAACUAUGUGUCCGGCAAGGAUGCUGUGAAGCAGGUGGAUUCCAACAGCCAGAACCCAGUGGACGGGCUCAUUGUGGUGUCCACCACGAAGGUGACCACCGUGAUAGGCGCUCGCAACAAGAAGGAGCCCGAAACCGAAUACGUAAAGCGCCCAGCCAAGAUAAACGUGAUCGAGAACGUGGCCAAGAACACCACGACGACGAAUAUCGAGAACACGCAGAACAUCCACAAGGAAACCACCUCCAUGCAGAGGAGCCACAAUGUUGUCGAGAAUACUGCAGUGAACACUGAACAGAUCCGUGGGUCGGACGUGUCCAGCAGGGCCAUCCAAACAAGCACUACGAAUCGUGGCGGUCAGGUCACCAGCGACACCACUGAAGGAGACUCCAACUCCCGUGUAGUGUCCGGAAGAAGCGUCUCGAAUAACAUAACUGGGGAUUCCACGACUCGCGUGUUCUCUGGAAAAACAGUCACCAGCAACGUCACCGAGGACUCCACGUCGAGGGUAGUUUCCGGACGGAACGUCUCCAGCAACAUCAUUGGAGAUUCGUCUACACGCGUGGUGUCCGGAAGAAAUGUGAACAACAACAUUACUGGGGAUUCAUCCUCUCGCAUGUCGACUGGCAGAAACGUUUCCACAAAUAUAGCUGGAGACACGUCUUCCCGCGUGAUAUCCGGUGGCCAAAACGUGACUGAUGAUUCAACAUCGCGAGUCGUUGCGGCCGGAAGGACCUCUAGCAACAACAUUGUGACCGGCAGCUCCACAUCCCAUACGAGCUCCUCCAAGCACUUCCAUCACCGCAAGAGCGAGUUCUCCUCGGAGGCUGAUGUCUCGAAUACGAUCUUCCAUCGCAAGAACGUCGCCACCGACUCGACUGCGGCCAAUGGCAGCAGUCUCACUUCUAACGGCAAGAUGAUGCGGAAAAGUAUUUUAAAUCUGCACGAGCAGCCCUCCAGCACGCCUGCCCAUGGCAGCGAUCGUCAGAGCUACAGCAGCAUCCACAGGCAGAACCGGGAGUCGGACCAAAACACCAGCUUCUCCAGUGAGCGUCGCAGCUGCAGUGUCCACAAGGAGAACAGGGAGAGCAACGUUAAGAACUCUUCGUCCAUUUCGCGAAUCAUAUCCGGAGGAGGCAGCGGCACUGGCACUGGCACUGACAGCAGAUCAACGGUCACACGUACCCAAGUGUUGGGCGGUGGCAUCGAUUUCCCCUCCCAAUCCCACACCCACACCCAAGGCCAUGGCAGACGCCACCACCAUGUGUCCAGCUCCAGCGGCGGCAUCGAUUUUCCCUCCUACAGUGCCCACGGAGCCCACACCGAGCGGCUGGUCACCCGGAGGGGCAACCAGUCUUCCAUCAGCCUCGGCAGCGACACAAAGUGUACGGGAUCGAGUCAAUACAAGAGCGAGUAUAUCACGGCCCCGAGCACCACCUGUGCAGUGCAUAAUAUUAAGAAAGGUGCAUUCCAACAUACCAGGAGUACUCAAGAACACAAGUUCUUCAAGACCUCAAACUAACGACAUAUCUGUGGCCUCACUAACACAUCCAUUUUAAUAGUAGUGCGUAAGUUUCCAUGACAAUAUAUAUCCUUUAUAUACGAACAAUAUACAUGCCGAUCCGCGAGAAUCCAGAUUAACAAAUAAAUAUCAUUUUUCAAAAAUAAAAAA